AUGCACGAUAUCGCUGAGGGUGUUUUAAAUGAUACUGUCCCGCUUGCGGGUGCUGGCGAUUACAAAGAAAAUGACAUUGUUCGUGCUGAGGUUGAAGAAGUGUGUAUGGAUGUGCUGGUCAUAGAUCUGUUCUUCGUCACAAAAUUAUUGCAAGACCGAGAGAUGGAGUGUGUGCAAGAUGCAGAAGAACAAAGUUCGAUGGGAAAACCGCAUCGCAUCGAUUCACCGUUUCUUGAAACCGGCGAUGUCCGGCUAGACAAGACGGGCUUAGAAGAGGAUGCUUCAGUAUCUUCGUCUGGGACAGCAGGCUUCCAGGAGCUUCUUGUACCACUGACACUGAAAUCAGUAACGGCAAACGGAGUUUUUUUGUCACUAGCUAAAUGGUAUUUAGUGGAAAUAGUUGGGUCAGUGACGAUAGCUGUGGUAGGACGUAUGGAAGCUAUUUGA